GUAUUAUCGCGUCGACAAGUCGACAGUUGACGCAGACGCGCAGGCGUUAUCGACGACACUUCUCUACUUCUCUGCCCCUUGUAACUUUCCAUGCGAGCGAGGCCGCAAGUUUCGAGUAGUCAGUCGACCAGCCUGCAGCCUCGGAGCCUCGAUCGCGGUUCGACUUGGAACUUGCAGGGCUACGCAAUCUCGAAAAUCUCGAACUGAACAGCGGAGGCAGGUCGUACAAAUGCACGCAUGUAUCAUGCUCUUUGCUAAUAUAUAAUAGAGCAUUGUCGCGACUGCCUACCUGAAAUUCCAAAAGCGCGGAUCCAGCCAAGCGCUUGUGACAGUUAAGUGACGCAGUGGAGACUUGGAGAGUAAGUAGGUGGCGCCGCAAGCGUUGGCUAGCCAAACGUCGUGUAGCCGCAAUCGGCUAAAAUGAAAGCUAAAGCUAGGAGCAAACGAGGAUUCUAACAACUUACGAGCACAUUUUAUAGGCCAAGGGCUCGAACGAGCUCGAUCUCGAGUCCUUAGCUCCGGGGAUUCUCUGCACCGACAGUAUAUGUAUCCGUCGUCGGUCACUAUUUCGUUUUAUUUCGUUUCUAUUUCUUCUUUCUCAUUAUCGAUCGUGUUCGAUCGGGGCAAAGAAAGGGGGCACAGGCGAGCUCGACACGCACAGCACUCAUGUUCAAAUCCAUGCAGCUGAUGCAGCUGAGGAACGCGCCAACUUACUCUCUAUGCUGCUGCUGCUGCUGCUGCUGCUGCUGCUGCUACUAAAUGUCGUUCGUGCGUUUGGCGUUUUGCGACUUGAAUCCUGCAACCCGGAAGCUCCAAAACCGGAACAUCGUAUCCCAAGGGUUACUGGUUUCACCAAAACUCGCUCUAUUCCGCACGUACAGGCAAUAAGGUGUUAAAAGGUUCAGUCUGGCGCGCGCCAGUUCAGCGUCAGUUCUCGCGAGCGGCGUACAGUGCUAGCUGGUGCUAGUUCCAGUUAGUUCUCUAGUUUACCCACAGUCGCAAACUGCGCGGAGUGCGGGUCGGGCUGCGGCGGCUGGCGGCAUCAUAAUCAUAUAUAGCUGCGGCUGUCGUCGUGUAAAUAAGUCGCCUAAGUCUCACCAUAACCUCUGCCUUUUUCGGAGCAUCGUAAUGCUGUGAGCCAUCCUUACCUUUACCACGUUUCAUCUGCGGCGUCAGGAAGAGUAAGCCAACAUGGAUUAUCAGAAUCGUCCUGGAGGAAAGACCGGAGGUGGAGGCGUGGCCUCCUGGUCCGAAAGCAACAGGGACAGGAGGGAGCGUCUCAGGCAACUUGCGCUGGAGACCAUCGACUUGAACAAGGAUCCCUACUUUAUGAAAAAUCACCUUGGCUCCUAUGAAUGUAAACUAUGCCUUACGCUGCAUAAUAACGAGGGCAGUUACCUGGCGCACACGCAAGGAAAGAAACAUCAGGCAAACUUGGCGAGAAGAGCUGCCAAAGAAGCCAAAGAAGCACCGCAGACACUAGCUCCAGAGAAGCCUAGAGUAGAGCCAAAGAAGUUUGUUAAAAUUGGAAGACCUGGUUACCGGGUGACCAAACAAAGAGAUCCCGAGUCUGGCCAGCAGAGUUUGCUCUUCCAAGUUGACUAUCCCGAAGUAGCGGACAAUAUUAUUCCGAGGCACAGGUUCAUGUCAGCCUAUGAACAGAGGGUCGAACCUCCAGAUCGCAAGUGGCAGUAUUUACUGUUUGCUGCUGAACCCUACGAAACUAUUGCUUUCAAGGUUCCCAGCCGAGAAGUGGAUAAAGCAGAGGGUAAAUUCUGGACUCACUGGAACAAGGACACCAAGCAGUUCUUUUUACAAUUUGCUUUUAAGAAUGAAAAACCGUCAAUUGGCAAGGUACCACCGCCACCGGUACCUCUCAUCCGACCUGGAUUAACACCAUCUAUGGUGCCAGUUCCUCCGCCUCCUCCAAGACCACCUAUGUUUAAUCCAGUGCCACCUCCACCAGCACUCUUGGCACCAGGAAUGAUACCUCCACCACCUCCUCAAAUAAGUUAAACGCGUGACUCUUCAUUUGUAAUUGAAACUAAUUUCGAAUUUCUUAACUCUAAGGCAAUACCGGAUAAUAAAAAUCAACUUUUUUUAAA